UUCGGGGCCAACUCGGCGACGGCCAAAGCAACAUGAAAGGUAAUAAUAUUGUCUUUUUCGCUCCACUAUGUCCUAGAAUAUGCGAACAUAACCUUAAAUAUUGCCAUCAAUCCGGUGCUUUGGGCAUCCGUUAAAUCCUGUGACCAAGUUCCCUCUCUCCUUCCUUAUUGUUUUUACCUCAACUUCUAACGAACAACAUACGCUCAAUCUCACUCUCUCACAAUGCAAAUGCCAACUGGCAAAUGGUGGAAAGAAGCUGCUGUGUAUCAGGUAUACCCAGCAAGUUUCAAGGAUUCCAACGGAGAUGGCUUGGGCGAUAUUGGGGGCCUCAUCUCGAAGAUUGACUAUCUCCAUGACCUAGGUGUCGAUGUCGUGUGGCUUUGUCCCAUGUUUGAUAGCCCACAGCAUGAUAUGGGCUAUGAUAUCUCGAAUUACGAAAAAGUCUAUGAGCCGUAUGGCACUGUUGAAGACAUCGAUAUCCUGGUGAAGGCUUGUCACGAUCGUGGCAUGCGGUUUAUACUCGAUCUUGUGGUAAACCAUACGUCAGACGAGCACGAGUGGUUCAAAGAAUCUCGUUCAUCGCGAGAUAACCCAAAGCGCGAUUGGUAUUUCUGGAAGCCAGCUCGAUACGAUGAUGCCGGGAACCGCAUACCUCCUACCAACUGGAGGAGUUACUUUGCUGGUAGCACAUGGACUUGGGACGAAACAACGCAAGAAUAUUAUCUCCACCUCUAUGCUACACAGCAACCAGAUUUGAAUUGGAACUGCGAAGCAGCGCGCAAUGCAAUUUAUGAUAGCGCCAUGAGAUUUUGGUUAGACAGAGGGGUGGACGGAUUUCGAGUCGAUACUGUCAACAAGUACAGCAAACCCCUAGAGUUCCACGACGCUAUCAUCACCGACCCCAACCACUAUGAGCAGCCUGCAGCAUACAUGUUUUGCAACGGCCCAAGGAUACACGAGUUUGUGAAAGAGAUGCACGAUAAGGUCAUCAGUCAAUACGACUGCAUGACUGUCGGCGAAUUAUCACUCACUCCGGAUCCCGAUCACGUAUUGCGAUACGUCUCAGCCAGCGCUAAACAGCUAGACAUGGUCUUCCACAUUGAUACAGGGAAUAUGGACCACGGAGGUCCCAAGGACAAAUAUGAUCACCGACCUUUCAUCCUCCCAGAGCUCAAAGCCGCUAUAACCAAAUGGCAGAAAUUUAUCGAAGGCACCGACGGCUGGACAACCGCCUUCCUCGAAAACCACGAUAAUGGGCGCUCAAUUGACCGUUAUGCCUCAAGCGAGCCCGAGUUCCGCGAGAUCUCCGCAAAGAUGCUCGCUAUAAUGAUGACCACGAUGACUGGUACAAUAUUCAUUUACCAAGGCCAGGAAAUUGGCAUGAUCAACGCCCCUAAGGAGUGGCCCAUCGAAGAAUACAAAGAUAUUGAGGCACUGAACUACUACAAUGAAGCUCGCGCUCUUUCAAUCUCCGGCGAAGACCCCUCCCGCCUUCCUAUCGUAACUCGUGGCCUUCAGAUCCUCGGCCGUGAUCACGGCCGCAUGCCUAUGCAGUGGGACUCCACGGCACAUUCUGGCUUCACAACCGGUGACAAGCCGUGGAUGCGUGUCCACGACCUAUACCCUGAAAUCAACGUUGCGAAGCAGGUCCCAGACGAGAAGAGCGUGUUGUCGUUUUGGAAACGCAUGCUACGUCUUCGCAAGGAGUAUCGAGACCUACUUGUAUAUGGGAUUUUUGACCUGCUGGACCCAGGAAAUGAAAAGACGUUUGUAUACACGAAGACGGGAGAAAGGAGGGCGGCGCUGGUCGCAUUGAAUUUUGAUCAGGGGGUUCAGGACUUUGAGGUGAGCACGGACAAGGAGUGGAAGCUUGUCCUGAGUAAUUACGAUGCACCAGUGGCGGGGAAGUUGGCGCCCUUUGAGGGGAGAGUGUAUAUGAGUGCGAAUUAGAAACGAUGGACGUCUGUUAUAUUGGGAGUACCUUAGCAACUUAUAGACCUGAAUUAUUUUCCUUCAUAGAAACAGAAG